AUGACAUGCUACCAGCUAGCCCCAGGUAACGAGGGUGCCACGCUGCUGGAUGUGACUGCAGGAUCCACGAUUGGUGCGUUCAGAUUGGCAUUCACGAUCAGAGGCAAGCUCGCUGACAACCAGCUCUUCAAAGGCUACAACGCCAAGGCGUCCGUCUCCCAUCCCGGACCAGUCAAUUUCUACAUGGCCAAGGCGCCUUCUGGUUCCAUCACAAACUUCGAUGGCUCCGGAAAAGUGUGGUUCAAGAUCUACAACGACGGCCCGACUGCAAGCACCUUCAUCUCUUGUUCUGCCUCUCUCGCGCGUGUUGACAUUUAUACCCCAGGCAAAACGACGCUUAACGUCCAGAUUCCCAGGUGCCUUGCAGAUGGCGAAUAUUUCCUCCGCGUCGAGCAUAUUGCUCUGCAUAGCGCUAGCAGCGUCGGUGGCGCUCAAUUGUACAUCUCGUGCGCCCAGCUCCGUGUCAGCGGCGGCACAGGCACGUACAAGCCUAACUUGAUGUCGUUCCCUGGUGCAUAUAGCCCCAACGACCCGGGUCUCGUCGUGAACAUCUAUUACCCGGUUCCGCAAAACUACAAAUCCCCGGGAGGCGAUCCACUGGUGUGUUAG